AUGUUCAUUGAUGACAACCUAAUACACCCUAGCGGUACAAGCGAGGCGGCACUAAAGCUGAACAAGUUGGAAGGUCCAGAGGUGAAGAAACUGGUGAGAAGCUGGUUGGUGAAAUUCCCGCCUGCAAAUGGAACCAUCGAGUUGGGAAAUAUAGACUGCGACGCGAAGAAGCUGAUAGAUAUUGCGACAGGGCAUUUAUGGCCCGGGGGGUUGAAUUGUUACCAGAUCGCACAGCUGGAUGUAGCAUGUCUGGUCGCAGACAAGACGCAGAUGUCGUGGGCGGUGUCUGCAGUGCACGAUAAGGACGGCGAAGAGGCAGUCCUCGCGCUUGACUUCAAGCGGUUUGGCGCAGACUUGCGGACGCAGGUGGGGCAUGUGCAUAUGUGCCAUGUAUACAGCGAGAUGCAUGCGAAGCUGCCGCUGGUGCUCUACCGGGUGCAGCUAUUCGACUCCUACGGGUCUCAGAUGGUUACACACAAGGCGUUCUUUGCGGUACUCCCGUUACGCUACAAAGUAGUUCUGCAUUCCGCGCAGAAGGACGUGCAUUCACGCUACAUUUUCCAGUGUGUAACGCAGGCGUUGCAGGCAUCCCGCCCUGGUGUUCAGCUGCAGCUGAUGGCGGGCCCCGUCAAGGACAUCUUGACAAACGUAGAUAGAGCAUAUGGCACCUCAAUACUGCCUGAUGUGCAGGGUGUGUGGUCCUCUUAUCUCUAUGACGAUAUUGAGCCGUCGCCGCUGCAUAGCCCCACAAAGCACCCGGUAGUGGUUGGGAAGAGGAAAAGAGAAGACGAUGACAAACUAAGAGAUAUACAAAGAUGUGCGAUGAUGCGCUUCAAGGGGACUACUAGUGGAGUCAAAUCGCUGGUACGAUACCUGGACAAAAGGCAUCGGCAGCGCGUGUACAGCGUAUCGGAUGGUCAAGUGGAUGACCCUAGUACGGACGAAGAGGAGAUCAACAAGUACCAAUCCUUGGUGCCAGUUCGGAAAGUCGAAUAUACUGUUAAAAACACUACUAGUCUGGGCUUUAAGCUGAAAUUGCGUGGGAAAGAUGUAUUUGCAGGCCUGCAUGAACUAUGCGACAAACAGAUUCUAGAUAUUAACAGACUUCCUGGGUGGCUGACCGGCGAGAACGGAGCAGAUUCUGGCAUCGUGGAAGAUGGUAACUUUAAAAGGAUAAAAAGGGGCGGAUUAAUCUGA